CUGAAUAUCGAAUGUCAUUUUGUGGUACGCCGCUCGAAACUUGCAAAUCAUUCGUUUCGUACGUCUUUUACUUCGGAAAAUAAGAAAAUAACAUCUAAAGUUAUGAGCAGCCUAGGCUUCGAGCAGUUCCCCGACUACCAGGUCCCUGGAGUCUCGCACGCGGACUUUUCACCAUACGAGUCUAAUGGCGGCUCCAUUGUGGCCAUUGCUGGCGAUGACUUUGUGGUCAUUGCCGCCGACACACGUCUGAGCAGUGGCUACAACAUUCACACCCGCAACCAGAGCAAGUUGUUCCCUCUGUCGGAGAAGACCGUGCUGGCCUCCACGGGCUGCUGGUGCGACACCCUCUCGCUGACUGGCCUGAUGAAGGUGCGCAUGCAGAGCUACGAGCACACACACUUGAAGACCAUGACCACCGAUGCCGUGGCCCAGAUGCUCUCAAUUACAAUGUACAACCGUCGCUUCUUCCCCUACUAUGUGUCAAACAUUUUGGCUGGCCUCGACAAGGACGGCAAGGGAGUCGUCUUCUCCUACGAUCCCAUUGGACAUUGUGAGCGUGCCACUUACCGUGCUGGCGGCACAGCAGGCAGCUUGCUACAACCCGUGCUGGACAAUCAGAUUGGCUACAAGAACAUGAAUAUGGAUGGCAAGGAACCCCCAGAGCUAACCAAGGAGCGUGCUGUCUCCGUUGCAUCGGACACCUUCAUCUCGGCCGCAGAGCGCGACAUCUACACCGGUGACUCUGUGCUGAUCAACAUAAUUACCAAAAAAGGUAUUGAAACCAGGGAAUUGCAGCUGCGCUUGGAUUAGAUUAGUAAACAGUAAAAACAUGUCUAAACGGUCAGGGGCAUUUCAACAGAAAUUUUUGUGUGUGGCUUGAAAUUUUUGUAACAUCCAGAUAUAAAAUAAUAAAAUGGAUCUUUAAGAUUUUGUCUGGGA